CAUUGACAGACCGAUCAAAAAUCAAAACCAAUGACAUUGGUGAAAGCAAGUAGAAUUUUGCUUUUUGUCGUCAGAAGUUAUAAAUAAAUUAACACUGAAUUGAUAUUUACAGCAUCUUUUCAAUUAAAAUGCGUAAUUAAGUGAAACAAAGUGUAAGGUACGUUAUUGCAUGGCCAAAAAAGUAAUUGCUCAAGAAUAACCAUUGUCAUUGCCUUGAAUGACUAUAGUGUCAAAUGAAUAAUGGAACGUUAAUAGUUUUUGGAGAUUAAUGCAAAAAGUCGUGUUUGAUCAUUUCAACUAACUUAACAUUCUCAAAUUUAUCAAAGGAUGUAAACACUAUUGCUUACAGAUUGUAUUUCACCAACAGUGCGACAUGUUUUUCACAAAGUUUGAUAAGACUGAUAACUUCAUCCUGUUUCUUUUGUACAGCAUGCUCGUUUUCUUUGAUUUAAACAGUUUGUACCCGCAUGUGUAGUGUAGAUUUUAUAUUAUUUGGUGAAUUAAGCAUUUGAAAAUUAUUGCCACCAUGCAGUCCUGUGUUGGAGUGGAUACUUCGAGUAUGGGCUCUGUUUGGAAGAGACUCCAGAGAGUCAACAAAAGGGCUGCCAAGUUCCAGUUUACUGUGUCUUAUCAUCAGCUGGCUGUGGACUUUACAUCCAAAUGGGAACCUCACAAAUUAUUACUGGUAUGGUCGAGAAGAUCAAGAAGAGUAACAUCAGUGCCAAUGACUUGGGAAAGGACUCUUCAAAAUCCUUACAAAGGCUUAGUGGUGUGGCCUGUUCCUGACAACCAUCAAGUUGCAGUUACACUGUUCAAAGAUCCUAGAACAAAUGAACUGGAAGAUAAAGAUUGGUCUUUUUUCAUAGAAGAUGUGCCCCCAGCUGGAAAACGAAGACAACUGGCAGUUGCCCACGUCAAUAUGCGAAAAUACGCCAGUGUUGAAUCGACUCAAACUGAACUGCAAAUUAAUUUCAAACCGACUACCAAAAAAAUAACCAGUGCUAAAUUAGAUUGCACCCUUUCUUGCGUGUUUCUUAGGGAAGGAAAAGCAACCGAUGAAGAUAUGCAAUCGAUGGCUUCUCUAAUGUCCGUAAACAAUAACAGUGACGAUAUUGCGGCUUUAGAAGAUGUCGAAGAUGAUGACUUUUCUUUAAGCGAUAACGCUUUGAAAAACAGUAUGCACGAAGUUACUCAACAUCUUCAGUUAAUGACUAACAGUUUAUCAGCCGGAUCAGAUUUCGCUAGUACUCCGAUAAGUGUUGCCAGUAUUUUAUCAGAUGACAAAACGCCGACGGCCGAAACGUUUUCGCCUUUGAACGAGAAAGCCAAACUUCACGCGGUCCCUCCGCCAAAAGAGAGCGAUUUCCUUACGAACGAUAGCGAUUUUUACUCCGAACAGUGCAUGGAAACGUUAGAUAAUCUGGAACUCAUCGUCGAAGAAAGUGAAAGCGAGGUUGCCAAACCGCAAACUGACAGUAUAAAACCCAAAGUUGUAGAUGUUAAUGUAAAGAAGAAUGUCAAUUUACAUUUGCAGCCUUUGGAUUUGAAAGAACAGAUUGAAACGCCAAAGAGUCAGCAGAAAUUAAGUACACCAGGUCAAGAUUUACUAGAAUGGUGUAAGGAAAUGACCAAAAAUUAUUCCGGUGUUAAAGUUACCAAUUUGACCACUAGCUGGAGGAAUGGGAUGGCGUUUUUGUGCGUUAAUACAUCACUUUGAACCUGAUCUAAUCGACUUCGAUUCUUUAUCACCCCACGAUGUUAAAGGAAAUUGUAAGAAAGCAUUUGAUGCAGGCGAUAAACUCGGCAUACCCAGAGUCAUUGAGCCAUCAGAUAUGCAUAUGUUAGCAGUACCCGAUAAGUUGGCAGUAAUGACUUACCUCCAUCAAUUAAGAGCUCAUUUCACCGGCCACCAGCUCGAAGUACAGCAAAUCGGAAAAACUGCCGAAGAAUCGAACUACAUAAUAGGAAAAUUCAAUACGGAUAAGGAUACGGACAUCACGAAACAAGUAUUCGGUCAGGAAAUUUUGAAUUUGCGAAAAGCCAAGCAAAAUAAGAAACAAGAAAAUGAAAAAGAAUUAGAAAUGAAUCUUGCCAAUAAAUAUGAACAGAAAGGCGACGCUUCCAAACUUAGGUUACCGUUGAAAAUAACGAACGAGCCCGAUCCUGUUAGAGAAAAUAAGGAAAAAUCGCCUGGUGUUGGGAAGGAUGUGAAAAAUAUUUUCAAUAAGGUAAUAACUUCUCCUAUUAAAGACAACCAUGAGCAACAGAAAAAAGAAGAAAUAAAAAAACCAAUACUCAUGACUAGAAGAGAAUUGACAGAUCCUUUCGGUUCGGACGACGAGGAUUCCCCUCCGGCCGAUCAGAAAGCGACAAAUAAUAAAAUCGCGGAACUCAAUGGUGAUAUUAAUGGCAUUGAAGAUGUGGCUGAUAACAAUCAGAAAAGCGACGAUGUUUUUUCUGACUUGCCGAAACCAAAUUUGGUUUGGCUUGCAAUUAAAAAUUUUUUCGCGCACCUGCAGCAAAUACUCAUGAGGCAUACCGAGCAAAGAGAGAGGGCGCGGCAGUUGUUAGAGCAAGUGAAAAAGGACGGGUCCAAUCCGACUUCCCCCUCGAAGUCUGAAGAAGAAAGGCAAGCGCUUCUUCGAGAACGAGCGAAGAGGCUUAUUGCGGACGCAAGACGAGGUUCCGGUUCUACUACGGAAGUCAUAAGGAUCAGUCCGGAUUCGGUUAGAGCUUACGUAGAAGCCGACGAUAAAUUGAAGAAGUUGGAUAACGAAAUUCGAAUGUUAGAACGUCAACAUAGUACAGGGUCCGAGAAGAAUGGUAACAUAUAUGCUAGUUUACAUGGCUGUGAGGAACCCUCUAUUAAGUCUAGUCCGUUAGAAAAUGGUAGAGAAAGAAUUACUCCCGAUAGAUUACCAGAUGAAUUAGGUUUAAAAGAGAUGGGAAUAGAUGUACAUUCUUGGAUAGACAAAGAAAUGGAAGACCUGGAGCGAGAACAGCGCGCCAUCGACGAACAAGCCGCCAUUUUAGAAAAACAACUCAGAUCCGUCAUGGAAUCCAGCGAAAGUAAUGGAGAAGACGAGGAAGCGCUGAUGGCGAAAUGGUUCAUGUUUGUAAAUAAAAAGAACGCCUUGCUCAGGCGGCAGAUGCAACUUAAUAUAUUAGAAAAAGAAGCGGAUCUUGAAACUAGGUAUAAAAAGCUUAAUGCGGAACUUCAAGAAAUAGCAUCGAUCGAAGAUUGGAGAAAAACAGAAGAGCAACGUAAUAGAGAACAAGUUUUACUCGAGGAACUGGUUCAAAUAGUCAAUAAAAGAGAUGAAUUGGUUCAUCAUUUAGAUAAUCAGGAAAAAGCAAUUGAAGACGACGAGAUCAUAGAGAAAGAUUUAUCUCACAUUGAGUUACCAGCGAAGGAUAGCAACUGUGCGAUAUCCUAAACACGUAUCCGUACUAUUUUAUUUUAUUUUCGAAACGUCUGGUAUAAUUUGAAUUCGUGCGGUUUAGUUUGGGAGACUCGAAAUGCAAACAUUGGUGCUUUUUGUGAUAUAUUUAGUUAAAUCUUCCGGUUUCGGUAGUGGCCUCGAUUGUUACUUUUUAUUCAAAUUGUACCAAACGUUUUUUUUUUUUAAUAGUUAUUUAUUAUACUUUUUUUGUAGAUAAACUGCAAACGUUGGAGUCCCACCUGAUUCUUAUUAUUUAUUAUAAUGUAAAUAGAAAAAGUUCUCCAAGUUAUUUUUAUUAAUUUACGAUUGGUAAAGAUUACCAUUUCAUAGUAAAUUCGAAUUCUUUCGACCUAAAACCAAAAAAUUAAAAAUGGGACAAAUGAACUACUAAAGAGUAUGCCAAACUAGAGGUAGUGGAUUAUCUCAUGAACGAUGCAACACUGCAUGAAACUAUAGUUUGUAAAUUCGUGCAGUGUUAAGAUAAUCCACUUACUCUAAAAUAAUAUUUUUUUUAAUUAAUUCUUUUAUCAUUUUUUAAUAUAAACUUGAUAUUAAUCUUUUCACAAUUGUGUUUACGUACUUAACAUAUCAAAAUAAUAUAGAUAUUACUUUAUAUAAAGUUAGAAUAAGGUGGGAUUGCCGUACUUCCGGUUUCAAAAGACAUAGCUUUAAAUUAAUUUUGUAUAGCUCCACUAAGUUAUACUCGAUAGUUUUUUAUUUUUAAUAUCGUUUCUUGAAUAUACCAGAGUUACUUUAGUUGUGUACAUAGAAAUAUUAUUUUAACGAACAUGUGAUGUAAGUAUUUAUUUAUUUGUUUGAUUGCCAUUGCUUGUAUAUUAUAUAUAAUUUGAUUAUAUCCCGAAAAAAUUAGAUUAAAAAAAAAUAAUGUGGCUGUUAACGUAAGCUAUCCAUCCGAGUAGUGCAAUAUUUCAGUAAUUUCCUAAGACUUCCAUUUGGAAUAUUUUCUAAUGUGACUAUUUUGAAUAUGAUGAGUAAAAUUAGUAAUAUUUGCACUGAACUUUAGUCUAUUUUUGGUAUUUGAAUGUUUGGAAUAUUAUGUGCAAAUCGAGGUUUGUAAUUUUCCUCAUUUGAAUUGUUUUUAUAGGAAAAAUCUAAAUUCUGUAUAAGUUUAGAGAGGGGUUAUAAAAAUUAAAGUUUCAUUCAUUUUUAUUUUAAAACCAAUUAGCUAUUCAUUGAUAUCCUUCAAUUUAUCCCUUCACAUGCUUCACACUACAUGUCUCUUCACUCCUAAUCUACAACUGAACCGUAUUGACACAGGGCGAAACAACAUAAAAUUAUUUUUUUAAGGAUUAAUUAUGUUUUUAAAUUAUUAAAAUGAGACCUUAUUUCUUUAGUGACUUUUGAGUAAGUUAAUAACGUUACAUUAGGUAUGUAAUCAUAAGAUUUUAAAAUAUACAGGGUAAUCUAACUAUUUUAUAAUUUUACUUACAGAAUAUAUCAGUAUACACAUCAUUUUUCGAUAUAAGUGACAAGUUUUUAUACAGGGGACAAUAAAGUUGCAAAAAUAUAGUGUGAUUUAUUCGUGAAUCAACCUGUAACAGUAAAUAUCGUAAACUGUCCCUUUUUAUGGACAUCUGACCAAAACUUAUAUUAAUCUUAUACAUAUAUAUUUAAAAAAAAAAAAAAAACUAAAAUCAGCAAUUCUUCACUUUAACGCCCUGUAUCUUAAAAAUUAGUCAUAAUAUCUGAUUUAAAAUUCACAUCUCAUAAAAAGGUUGUAAAAGCUAUAUAUACUGUAAAAUUGGUUACAUUUUACCAUGGAAAUUUUUAGAAAUUUGAAAAACAUGAAAAUUUAGUUAAAUGCCAAGUAUGCAAAAACGUAUAAAGAUAGAAAAUUGAGACGAGUAUCAUUAAAAAGAGAGGAAAAUUACUGUAAUAUAAAGUAUUUUGAAAAUCGAUUAAGAAAGACAUCAAUUUUUAAUUUAAGUGAGAGACUUCAAAAAUUUAGAAAAAUGUCUAGUAUACAUUAACGUAUAAAGAUAGAUAUAGUAAAUUUUCGUCUCUUUUUGAUGGUACUUGUCUCAAUUUUCUAUCUCUCCCCGUUUUUGUAUACUUUACGUUUUACUAUAUUUUAGGAGGUUUUUGACGUCUCUCCCUUGAAUUAAAACUUGGUGUUUUUUUCAAUCGAUUUUCAAAAUACUUUAUUUUAUAGUAAAUUUUCGUUUCUUUUCGAUGGUACUUGUAUGAAUUUUCUAUCUCUCUCUUUUUUUAUGUACGAGGCAUUUUACUAUAUUUUGGCUUGUUUUUGAGGUCUCCCUUGAAUUAAAACUUGAUGUCUUAUUAAAUCGAUUUUCAAAAUACUUUAUUUUAUAGUAAAUUUUCGUCUCUUUUCGAAGGUACUUGUCUCAAUUUUCUAUCUCUCUCCUUUUUUGUGUACGGGGCAUUUUACUAUAUUUUAGCUUGUUUUUGAAGUCUCUCCCUUGAAUUAAAACUUGAUGUCUUUCUAAAUCGAUUUUUAAAAUACUUAAUUUUAUAGUAAAUUUUCGUCUUUUUUCGAUAGUACUUGUCUCAAUUUCGUAUCUCUAUCCGUUUUAGUAUACAGGGUGUUUUUCUAUAUUUUAGCUUGUUUUUGAGGUCUCUCCCUUGAAUUAAGACUUGAUGUCUUUCUGAAUCGAUGUUCAAAGUACUUAAUUUUAUAGUAAAUUUUCCUCUCUUUUCGAUGCUACUUGUCUCAAUUUUCUAUCUCUCUUUAUUUUUGUAUACGGGGCAUUUUACUAUAUUUAAGUUCGUUUUUGAGGUCUCUCCCUCGAAUUAAAACUUGAUGUCUUUCUAAAUCGAUUUUGAAAACACUUUAUUUUAUAGUAAAUUUUUGUCUCUUCUUGAUGGUACUUGUCUCAAUUUUCUAUCUCUAUCUGUUUUUGUAUACGGGGCGUUUUACUAUAUUUUGGCUUGUUUUUGACGACGUCUCUCCCUUGAAUUAAAUUUUGAUGUCUUUCUGAAUCGAUGUUCAAAGUACUUAAUUUUAUAGUAAAUUUUCCUCUCUUUUCGAUGGUACUUGUCUCAAUUUUCUAUCUCUAUCUGUUUUUGUAUACGGGGCGUUUUACUAUAUUUUACCUUGUUUUUGACGUCUCUCCCUUGAAUUAAAACUUGAUGUCUUUCUGAAUCGAUGUUCAAAAUACUUUAUUUUAUAAUAAAUUUUCGUCUCUUCUCGAUAGUACUUGUCUCGAUUUUAUAUCUCUCUCCGUUUUUAUAUACGGGGCAUUUUACUAUAUUUUAGCUUGUUUUUGA